AUGGACGCGAAUACUAAGCCAAUCGCACACCAGCAUAUCCUUCGACCCCAUCAUGUUGUCCUGCUGACCCUCUUUAUGCUCGUCUUUCGAGAGUACGACGUCAAGUUGCUGCCUCAGCCGUUCUUACUUCAUAUAUAUCGGCUGUUAAUGAACGAAGUAUCAGAGGUCGCUCAACCAAAGAAGUGGAAGCAGCUCCUCAAAGAAGUUAUCGUUGCCCCAAAAGCUCAGGAAGGAGAGGCAUCGAAGCUAAUACACUCAUUCAGGAAUGUUCACGUAGAACUCUACUCAACAGACAGACUCUCAACUUUUCUUCGAGGUAUCGCCAUAUUGUUCGAUGAGAGAAGUGAAGACGCUUCUCGCUCACUUUUUGGAUACUUCUGUCGACGGUGUCACAUCAGCUAUCUCAAGCUAUCGUGGGCUGGACUAGUUGCACUGCAUACCGAUUACGUCGCUUGGUGCACCAGUGAGCACCCUGGAAAAUACGCUCGUGUCCUUAAUGAUCCAUUAAACUCGGUGGAUCGGCUAUUGUUCAGGACAAGAGGCGACCAAGUGUCCUGGCCUCAGCCUGAUCCUUAUGAAGCAAUGGAAAAGGCGCAUGCAACAGGUGAUGAACUUGCUAUGGACGAGAACGCCAGGCGAUACUUUGAGCAACAGUUCACAGACGGGCCCGACUCUGGAUUACGACAGAAUGUGUUGCUGAGUCUCAUCCGCAUGCAUUAUCUUCGUCAUGAGUUUACGGCUGUUAGAACAAUCCUAUCUGAAGCCAUUUCUGUUUCUCGUAUUGCCGGUGACAAGAUCAUUUUGCAACAUUGUGCUACUAUGCUAAACAGAUUACCUCCCGAUGAAGAGGGCAAGAAAGUGCCAUUGAAUGAACUACAACCUGAUCUACAUCCAGCAGAAAUCCUGUUUGAUGUCAAGAAACUGCUCGACAUAAAUAAUGAACAACCUUUGACUGCAUCAUUCACAAAGAUUGUCGAAGCAAUAGGGCUAUAUGACUACUGGACUGAAAUACAUCCGGAGGAAGACUAUGAAGCUGGCCAAUGGGGCCAGCAUGCGGUGCAGAGCACUGUAUGGAGCGCCGCAGGGUGCGAACAGCUGGCCCAAGUUGAGGAGAAUAUUGUUAUUGCCUUCACGGAAUAUGGAGGCAGCAAUAACAACCGUCUCACGGCUAUUUUGAAUAAGGCUUACAGACAAGCCCGCCAAGGCAAAUAUACCCAAGCCCUUGUAUCGCUAUUAGAGCCUGAUGUUUGGCGUGGACUGACAAUUGAUGACUAUGCCUUUUGGGCUCAAGAAAUAUGGCAUAUCCUUGUUCUACGAGCUGUCCGCCGGAAACAAGAUCGAUUGUAUUCCAGUUUGCUGCUUCCUCGAAAGCCCCCUGGCGAUUACAAUUCUCGCCAUUAUAUUCUUGAUCAUACCCCGACACCAACAUUAAAAAUUUUUGAUGAUCUUCAUGAAGUCAUACGAAUGCGGGCCUGUGAACAGUCUCCAACAGCUGUCCACCACCUGUUGACUUCCCUCUGGCAUUCGGAAUUCCUGUUGCGGUUAAAUCUGUACCGGACGAGUAUCAUCAUGCUCGCUGACGUAGGACUUGAGCUAGGGUUGACAAAGCGAUCUCGACGUAUGUUGGAGAGAAUUAUGCCCCAGCUGAUCACCGGAAACGACAUGGAGCAACGGGCCUUAGCUUCUUUCACGCUGGCUCGUUGUAUUAUAGCCGCCGAGGGGGCUAAUGAACAAAGCCUCCGUGAAGCAAGCACGUAUCUCCAAGUGGCUGAAGCUGAUUUUAGUGCUUUAGAGAUGUACCGAGAAGCAUCAGAUGCCCAGUAUUUGUGCUCGGUUGUAUUCCACAAUCUGGGGGAUGAGCGAAUGCGGAAUGUCGCUGCUCGAAAUAACAGCGUGACAUCGGAAAGGGCAGCGUUGUUGGAGAAAGAGUCGUAUGAUGAAGAAGUGGCCCGAAUCCUGGACACGGUAGCAUUAGUGGGAGCCAGACUGGCGCUCCGUUAA